UGUAGUCAUAUGGAUUAAGACAAUGAAGAGUAAUGAAGAAGUAUACUUUACGGACAACAUCUGCUGAGAUAUUAUACUGUUUUUUGGAUUUUUGGAUUUUGGAGUGCAUUCAGUUUUUGGAAUACAGUAAAAUUAUGACAGUUCACUUCGCCAUAAGUAGGAAAAAAACUGCAGGUCAUAUAUAAAAGCAUUGUGAAAUGACCUGCUGACACAAAUAGAGAAGAAUUUGUGCAUCCUGGAUCCUACAGUACUUCUGAUGCUAUCCAUUACAGAGAUGAUGGCGUUGAAAUGUUGGAGGGUUCCAGUUUUUCUAACUAUUCUACAGCAGACAUGGAUUUUAGCUGUGGAAAUACCACCUGAUGUCAGACAGCCUCCAAUGAUCAUUAAACAAAGUGUUCAAGACUAUAUUGUAGAUCCAGUUGACCCUAUAAUAGUGGAGUGCGAGGCAACAGGCAACCCUCCUCCAGUUUUCACAUGGACACGUGAUGGGGUCUACCUGAACGUAGCGCGGGAUCCCCAGGUCAGCAUGAGAAGACGUUCUGGCACGUUGGAGAUUUUCUUCUGGGGUCGUCCAGCAGACUACGAGGGCGUGUAUCAGUGCACUGCAACGAAUGAGUUUGGCUCUGCUUUGUCCAGUCACAUCCUUCUGCGUGUCUCCAAGGCCCGCACAUGGCUAAAGGAAUAUCUGGAGCCAGUCUCGGUGGUGGUUGGACUUCCUCUUAUCCUACCAUGCAAUCCACCUGAAGGUCCUCCAAAACCGGACACCUUCUGGCUGAACAGCACUAUGACACCAAUCCGUCAGGAUCGCAGAGUGUCGAAGGCAGAGAAUGGAGAUCUGUACUUCUCCAGUAUAGUAGCAGAAGAUGCUAAUACUAACUACGUCUGUGUUGCACGUUUCCGCUUCACGAACACCAUCCAGCAGAAACCACCGCUCAUCCUACAGGUGCUCACAGCUCGCAUGGCGGCCCACACAGCACCCAAGUUUCUGAAACCCAAAGGAACUAUGAGCACAAUAAUUGCAAUGCUGGGGGAAGAACUCAUUUUGGAGUGUUUCGCUGCUGGAGUUCCGACUCCCACCAUCAAAUGGACUAAGAAUUGGGAGGAGCUGUCCAUGGCAGGGAAGAAGUUGGAGAACUUCAACAAAACGCUCAGAAUAAAGAAGAUCAACAUGGAUGAUGGAGGAGAUUACAUCUGCACCGCUUCCAACAGAAUGGGCAGUCUGGACCACGUCAUCACUGUCAGGGUCAAAUCGGUUCCGUUUUGGUUGGAUAAACCCGAGAGUCUCGUGUUGUCUCGUGAUGACAGUGGCAGUAUAGUUUGUACAGCCGAUGGUAUUCCUCGACCUCAGAUACAGUGGAUGGUUAAUGGAGAGCCUAUCAAUGAGGCCCCCAGGAGUCCCGGCAGACAGGUCUCAAGAGAUACUUUGACGUUCCGCUCUGUGGUUCCUGAUAGCGCUGCAGUGUUCCAGUGCAAUGCUUCUAACCCGUAUGGUUACAUCAUGGCAAAUGCUUUUCUGGCUGUGAUGGAUAUGAAACCACGUCUGUUGGGACACAGAGAUGAACUUGUUAAAUCAACAGAAGGCAAUCAUACUCAUUUAGACUGCCCGUAUUUUGGCUCUCCUAAGCCUGAGCUACGAUGGUCAAAGGGUGGAAUAGGUGCGUUGGGAGGAGGUCAUUAUAGAGUUCUUCCAAACGGUACACUUGAGAUCAGAAACACAAAGAUACAAGACCAGGGAACCUAUGUGUGCGUUGCGAGCAACGUCAUUGGACGAGAUGAGAGAGAGGUUCAACUAGAGGUCAAAGAGCCCAUCAAAAUCAUUCGUGCCCCACGCAAUACUGAAGUCAUAAGAGGAAGUCUCGCUCGCUUCGACUGCAAAAUUAAUUUUGACCAGACUCUGGAAAUAACCCUUACUUGGCUUAAGGACAAAAAGUUCUUGAUCUUAGGAAGGAGGAUGACAAAGGAUGAAGAUUCUCUGAGUAUUGCUGAUGUGAACAGAAGGGAUGAAGGCGUGUACACCUGCAGAGUUAAAAGUGAACUGGAGGAGGUCACUGGCUCUGCCAAACUUAUCGUGAUGGACCGUCCAGACCCCCCCACUGAUUUAGAGAUCUCUGACCCAACAGAGAGGAGCGUUAGACUUACCUGGAUACCAGGACUGAGCAACCACAGUCCUAUAAAAGAAUACUUGGUUCAGUAUACAGAAGAUCUCCUUGCUGACUAUUGGCUGAUCCCCAGUGGCUGGCAGAACCUGACCAGUUACCCUGGCAACCUGAUCUCUGUUGUUUUACAACUAACACCAUUUGUGGAAUAUCGCUUCCGGGUCAUCGCUAUAAAUGGCAUUGGCCCCAGUAAACCCAGCUGGGCGUCUGCGUACUACCAGACCGGUGGAGCAGUGCCUGAUGCCAUCCCACGAAACAUUAAAGGACUGGGCAGUGGUGUGUUCAGAAAUAACAUGGAAAUAAGCUGGGAGCCACUGGAGUACAGAGAAUGGAAUGGUCCGAAACUGGGCUACAUGGUUUGGUGGAGACGGCGGGAUUCCAGGGAGGAGUGGAAGAACUACACAACAUAUUGGUGGUGUAGCUACAUCAUCUAUGACACGGACACCUUCACGCCCUAUGAGAUUAAAGUUCAGGCCAUCAACUUCUUUGGCUAUGGCCCGGAAUCCCCUAUCGUCAUCGGCUACUCUGGGGAGGACCGCCCUGUUGCAGCUCCAUCUGAUCUAAGGGUAGAAGACAUAGAGAGCACAAAGUUGACAGUCCAUUGGGAACCAGUGGCACGAGCCGACGUCAUGGGUGAUAUAAAAGAGUACAAGGUGUACUAUUGGAGAGAAAGCAGCCGUCUGCCCUCGCACACUGUGAUCAGAAGAAUUAAAACCAAGAGUUUUAAAGCUAAUGGACCUCGCCUUUCUGGAACAUUGACUGGUUUGGUUUCUUAUAGUAACUACAGGAUGCAUAUGGUAGUGGCUAAUAACCGCUACGAGGGUCCACCAAGCAACACUAUUGAAUUUCAGACGCCUGAAGGAGUGCCAUCGAUUCCCAGAUCAUUCAGAAUCAUGCACAGGCACUAUGACACUAUUUAUCUAGACUGGGAAGAACCUGCAGAACCCAACGGGAUCCUGACCGGAUAUAUUCUCAAAUACCAGACCCUGAACAUCACCCUUGGGGACAGAAUCCAGGUGGAAGACAUUCCUCCAAACAUCACCUAUUUCUCUCUCCGUCGAUUCGAUCGAUACACACGAUACAAGUUUUCACUGGCAGCUCAAACGGAGGUUGGAGUCGGGGAGGCGUUCACGGAAGAAUCGCCGCAUUUUACGACUGAGGAACAUACUCGGGAUCAAGUGGACAUUGUAACGCAGGGCUGGUUCAUUGGCUUGAUGUGUGCCGUUGCUCUGCUGGUUCUCAUCAUGCUUAUAGUGUUUUUCAUCAAGAGAAGCCGUGGAGGAAAGUACGCAGUGCGGGACAAAAAAGAUUUUGCAUUGGAGCCAAUGGAUGAUAGAGAGAAUGGAACAUUUGAUUACAGGUCUCUUGAGAGGAUAACACGAGUGUCCACCCUGCCCUACACCAGACGAGAGGAGGAACUUCGUCAGGGGCGCGGUGCAGUAGAGCACAUUGACAGGAGGACAAACAGUGAUGACAGUCUGAUGGAGUAUGGAGAGGGGGAUGAGAUCGAGUUCAAUGAGGACGGCUCUUUUAUUGGAGAGUACACGGGCAUCAGCAAGAGGAACAUUGAUAGGAGCCCAUACCAUGACAGCUCUGAGCCCACUUCUCCUGUGGCCAUCUACUCUUUUGCCUAGAGCUAAUGUUUUAAAUACACCCCAUUAUACAGACUGAGUUGAGCUCAAAGUACAGAACUGAUAGUAACUAUGCUUCAUGUUACCUGUCUUAAAUGAAGUAUAGCUACAUCACAGGUAUUUGGGCAUUAAGCUGAGGUUUUUUUCUGGGGGUUCACAAGCACCAAUCAGAUUUGUUUGUCAAAUCCACAAAUCAUGUUGAGAGGAAGCCAGACAAGGAUGUCCUGAUGAGUUUAUCAUGUUGAUAAGAAGACAUAAGAGGUUUGGCUGAUGAUAGCUGAACAAACUCAAAAUAACAUUCAGGGUCGAUUCACACAGGUUUACUCAACACAGGUAUCUGAAGACAUAAGUAACUUCCACAAUGCUUUGUUACAUAAGCAGUGUUUAACAUCACAUAGAGUUGUUACUAAUGCUUGUUUGUUUUUAUUAUUACAAAAUGUCAUGUGUUAAUUACAUGUGAAAAUGUUGGAAUACAGACUGAACAUUCUCAAACAAAAUACAGUAUAAGCUAAAGCUGCUGAUUGUUACACUAAUCUGAUGUGUACAACAUUGUAUGUUUAUCUAUCAUACUGUGUAGCUGUUUUAGUGCUUCAGUCAUUAAAAUGCAUAAACUGAAUCAAUGACGUAUCAUAAGUAUAUUAAAGGAGUAGUUCAUUUCAAAAUUUGCCCAUUCACUUUCCAUAGUAAUUUGUGACAGUACUGAAGUAACACAAGCUGCGCGGAACCAGAUCAAGCGAGCAAGCAAUGAACAUGCCGUUAAAGAAAGCAAAAUGUUGUGCAGUGCCUGGUUGUGGAAGAAGACAGUCGCUGCAUAACCUUCCUUCGGAUUCCGACAUUAGUAACGCGUGGUUGAAGCUUAUUUUUAAAGACGUUCCAGCUGACGUGGGUAAAACUUUGAGCAUUUGUUCGCUUCAAUUCACCGCGGAUUCCUUUGUGAACAAUGCCCAGGUCGACGCUGGAUUUGCGGAGAGACUAAAAUUAAAAAGCAGUGCUGUUCCGUCAGUAUUGGAUCUGACAGGAAUGGUGCAGUAAUCUUAUGUGAGUAAAACAUAUUUGUACUAUGCGUCACGAUCCCAGUCCGUGUUUCCCCUGUAUUGGUGAACUUUCUGUUACUUCCUGUUCUGUGCCAUGUUUUGUAGUCCUUUGUAGUUUUUAGUGUUAAUUAGUUCCUCCAGGUGUGUCUUGUUAUCUUGUUAGUUUCUAUGUAUUUAAGCCCUAGUGUUUCCUUUGUUUGGUGUCGGUCUUUGUUUCAUGCUUUGUUUUUGUGCCUCCUUCGGUCUGUGGAUUACCUUGGUUUGUUUUAUCUUGUAUUAUUUUCAUUAUAUAUACACUGCACUUGGAUCCGCUUCUCUGCCUGGAUUACUCAUCAUUACAGAGAUCGCUUGAUAUGUCCUGAUAAUGUGUAACUUUACGUUACGUGUCUAACCAAAUUCACAGAAGGCUCGAACUAAGUUUACCAUGCAAACUGCUAUCCAAUCAUAGCAGUGGGCAUUUACUUCCAAGUCUUCAAUGCGGCACGCCCAUUAAAACCCGUUUGUCGAG